CUCACUAUAAAGCCGAGAAGCAAGAUAGGCGAGGAUGGGCCAGAAAUCGAUUCACAAAUCUUCUCUCCACAAAACUUAAAUUAAUUCUCUCUCUCUCUAUAAUUCCGAUAAUGGAAGGAACAAGCGUCGUGGCGGUUUACGGUAACGGUGCGAUAACGGAGGCGAAGAAAUCUCCCUUCUCCGUCAAGGUCGGUUUGGCUCAGAUGCUCCGCGGCGGAGUUAUCAUGGACGUCGUCAACGCCGAGCAGGCUCGCAUCGCGGAGGAAGCAGGUGCUUGCGCCGUCAUGGCUCUGGAGCGUGUCCCCGCCGACAUCCGCGCUCAGGGAGGCGUAGCUCGGAUGAGCGAUCCACAGAUGAUAAAGGAGAUCAAGCAGGCCGUUACGAUUCCGGUGAUGGCGAAGGCUAGGAUCGGUCAUUUCGUGGAGGCGCAGAUCCUCGAGGCGAUCGGGAUCGAUUACAUCGACGAGAGCGAGGUCCUGACUCUCGCCGACGAAGACAACCACAUCAACAAGCAUAAUUUCAGGAUCCCUUUCGUCUGCGGCUGCCGGAACCUCGGCGAGGCUCUCAGGAGGAUCCGGGAAGGUGCGGCGAUGAUUAGGACUAAAGGCGAGGCGGGGACUGGGAACAUUGUGGAGGCCGUUAGGCACGUCAGGUCCGUUAUGGGUGACAUUAGGGUUUUAAGGAACAUGGAUGACGACGAGGUCUUCACUUUCGCCAAGAAACUGGCUGCUCCUUACGAUCUCGUGAUGCAGACCAAACAGCUUGGCCGUCUCCCCGUCGUUCAGUUCGCCGCAGGUGGAGUCGCUACUCCGGCAGAUGCGGCCCUCAUGAUGCAGCUUGGGUGCGACGGUGUCUUUGUGGGUUCCGGUAUCUUCAAGAGCGGUGACCCGGCUCGUAGGGCGCGUGCUAUAGUGCAGGCUGUGACUCAUUACAGUGACCCUGAGAUGCUUGUGGAGGUGAGCUGCGGGCUUGGAGAAGCCAUGGUUGGGAUCAAUCUCAAUGAUGCCAAGGUUGAGAGGUUCGCUAACCGCUCCGAGUGAUACCAAAACAAAAGGUAAAAGUUUCAGACAGAAAUGGUUUCAGACCAUUUUGCAGUCAUCUCAAAAAAAAAGAAAAGAAAAGACGAUAUUAUGAUAGUUUGUUGUAUCCUUUUGUGUUUGCCUUUAUUUAUCUUUGGUUAGUGAUUGUAAUCGAUUUCUUCUACUUGCAAGAACAAGUUGUCGGUCGUCAGUUAUAAUAAUAAUAAUAAUAAAAUGUACUACUCUC